AUGAACUAUUUGGACUCACAGACAAGACACUACCACUACGCAAGGGCCCAGCACAUGUGCUGGAACUGGAACGACCCCACAAACGAAGAUGGAAACCGGUUUCCCUUGCCCGACCAGGAAAGCGUACGGCAGGACGCGCAUGCCGGGUUGCAGGUGAACGUGGGCGAGCCCAACAGCUACUGGGACUGCUACGUGGACGAGGACCAGUGGCAGGUGUUCCAGGACUUGUUGAUGGACUGCAACGGGAACCUAACGAGAAACGACGAAUCCGAGGGCAACCUUUUCAGGCACGUGAUCAAAGCACGUGAUCUCAAAUUACCCUUACCCUUGUGA